AUGGCAGCAAGUGCUGCAGACAGAAUGGGGCGACAGCGUAUGUCUGGUCUCUCUUGUUCAGCUCCCCCCCGCCCCACAGUCGUCACUAACCCAGGAAACAAACAGGACGGCAACUACGCGCCCGUGCUGGCCGAGGACGAACGGGAAGCCGUGGCUCUCCUGCUGCGAUACCUCGAGAACCGAGGCGAAGUGGACUUUUUCUCCAACGGGCCCCUCCGAGCCCUCAGCACUCUGGUCUACUCGGACAACAUUGACCUGCAGCGAAGUGCCGCCCUCGCAUUUGCAGAAAUUACAGAGAAGGACAUCCGGCCCGUCAACCGAGACUGCCUCGAGCCCGUGCUGCUGCUGUUGCAAAACACCGACCCCGACAUCCAGCGAGCAGCCUCUGCUGCCCUGGGCAACCUCGCCGUCAACAACGAAAACAAGGUGCUGAUCGUCGAGAUGGGCGGCUUCGAGCCCCUCAUCCGACAGAUGAUGUCGCCCAACGUGGAGGUGCAGUGCAACGCCGUGGGAUGCAUAACCAACCUGGCGACCCACGAGGCCAACAAAUCCAAGAUUGCUCGCUCCGGCGCUCUGCUGCCACUCACCAAGCUCGCCAAGUCUAAGGACAUGCGAGUCCAGCGAAACGCCACUGGUGCCCUUCUCAACAUGACCCACUCGGACCAGAAUCGACAGGAGCUGGUCAACGCCGGCGCCAUCCCCAUUCUGGUGUCAUUGCUGUCGUCGCGAGACCCCGAUGUGCAGUACUAUUCGACCACCGCUCUUUCCAACAUUGCUGUGGACGAGUCCAACCGAAAGAAGCUGUCUAGCUCGGAGCCCCGGCUGGUGGAGCAUCUCAUCAAGCUGAUGGACUCCGGCUCUCCUCGGGUCCAGUGCCAGGCUGCUCUUGCUCUGCGAAACCUCGCCAGCGACUCCGACUACCAGCUGGAGAUUGUCAAGGCCAACGGCCUCCCCCACCUGUUUAACUUAUUCCAAUCCACUCACACGCCGCUGGUUCUUGCGGCCGUCGCUUGCAUCCGAAACAUCUCCAUCCACCCUCUCAACGAGACCCCCAUCAUUGAGGCCGGCUUCCUUAAGACGCUGGUGGAGCUGCUGGGCGCUAGCGACAACGAGGAGAUUCAGUGCCACACAAUCUCCACCUUACGAAAUCUCGCUGCCAGCUCUGAGCGAAACAAGCUGGAGAUUGUCGAGGCCGGCGCCGUGCAGAAGUGCAAGGAGCUAGUGCUGGACGCUCCUCGACUGGUCCAGAGCGAGAUGACUGCAUGCUUGGCUGUGCUCGCUCUCGGAGACGAGCUCAAGGGUACAUUGCUGGAGCUGGGAAUCGCUGAGGUUCUGAUUCCCCUCACCUUGUCGGACAACAUUGAGGUGCAGGGCAACAGUGCCGCUGCGCUUGGCAACCUGUCUUCCAAGGUGGGCAACUACGACACGUUUGUCAACCACUGGAACGAGCCCAGCGGAGGAAUCCGGGAGUUUUUGAUCCGGUUCCUCACCAGCGGCGACUCUACGUUUGGCCACAUUGCCGUGUGGACCGUGCUGCAGCUGCUGGAGUCCAAGGACCAGCGUCUUAAGGAUCUGCUCAAGAACUCCAAUGAGAUUGUCGAUGCCAUCCACCAGCUAUCCAGCAUGAACUCUGAUGGGGCUGACGGCGAUGGAGAGGACAUGCGGGAUUCCAAGAGCGAGGUUGUCAUGUUGGCUAAAAAGGUGGCUCCUUUGCUCAAAUAG